UUUUCACCUGAGUGUCGUCUUUUUGGUGAUUCGCGCUGCUUUUGGUGCCCUUCGUGUUUGGAUAUCAGUUGGGUGGGAAAAUCCGGUAUUACGAGCCGGGUGGAUUUAGUGGAUCAUCUCUGAGUGACAGUGUGACAACAAAGUUGGAAAACACUAGCAUGACCUCACUUUCGGCUGAAUAGUAAUUCAAGUAAGAAAAUAAUCGGAAAACAGUGUGGGGGACUUAUAGUUAGUCAUUUAGUGCGAAAACCUUCAAGGUGCUCAACAUCAUCUUCAUUAGCAUCAGGUGUAAAUUUCAACUGGCAGCCUUCAAUCCUUCAAAGGAUAUUCGGAAGCUGCUGACGGAGAGACAAAAUGAUAUUCCGUCUACUCUUCAUCGUUCCACUCGUGGCGGUCUGUCAAGCAGACAUUCCUCUGUUGGAACUGGGACUGGACCCCGAAGUUCAGCAAGCGAGAAAUGCGAUCGAACCGAGCGAGUCGGAGAACGUAUUUGCCGGAUACUCGAAUGAUCGACCGAUAGUUCCUUUCCCGGCGCCAUCGAACCAGUGCGAAGGAGGACCGGAUGUAUGCGGAUAUACCUACGACAAGCCAUCCUGCCCAUGGGAAGUGCGAACUGAGUACAAAACUGCCACUGAAACCGAAACCAAAGUGCUGACUGAAACCGAGACCAAGACGCAAACUGCAACUGUCACCGAAACCAUUCCUACAACUAUUGUACAAACAACGACCAGUGUAUCUCGAUUCUGCGGAACGACCAAUACCUACCUUCCACCACUGGACGAACAAAUCACUACGGUUACUGAAAACCCCGUGACUAGAACCGUUACCCUUUCAGCCACGACCACUACAAUCACUAGCAGAGGUCCCCCAAUCGAAACAACUCGCACAAUCAUCCCCACAACUACCAUUGUAAUCAGCCAAACUCCAUUCGUAACGAACACUCGAACUAUCACUCCAACAGUUACCAGCAUUUUCACUGCCAGCAGUACAUCCAUCACUAGAACUAUUACUCCCACAUCAACAUUCCUGUCCUAUCUGCCAUCGGUCUCUGUAACCAGAACCAUUACCCCAACAUUCACAAGCCUCGUAUACCUCGACUCGGUAACCCAGACACGAACCGUUACCCCAACUUCGACCUUCUUAUUCUACGAACCCUCGGUAACGGUAAACCGAACGGUAACUCCAACAUCCACCAGCCUAUUCUACCUGCCAUCGGUAACCGUGAACCGAACAGUAACACCAACAAGUACCAACAUCUAUUACGAUGCCACCGUAACCGUUAACCGAACAGUUACACCCACCUCAACCAAUGUGUUCUACGCAGUCUCAUCGACGGUUAACCGUACGGUGACGCCAACCUCGACGAAUCUCUUCUAUGCUGCCUCGGUAACGGUCGAGCGCACCGUUACGCCAACGUUCACCAGUCUGAUCACGCUUACAUCGACCAACACCCAAACCAGAACCUUCACGCCGACGUUCGUGGUGCAGGAAACCGUCGAUACGCGAACAGUAACAAGAACCGUCACGCCAACGUUCGUUGUCCAGACAUCGGUACCCACGACGACAGUGACCCGUACCAUCACUCCCACGAGUGUCCUCACAACCACGGCCUCCACUACGAACACCAUAACUCGCACCGUUACACCACAGGCCUCCAGCACCACUACGGUAACAGCUCCAGUGCAAACCGUAACCGUCCGGGACCGCAGCACAGUGACCGUUACACCUACCCUGUCCGUUACGCCAACCAUCUACUCAACCAUCACGCUCAAACCAACGCAGUCGGUGUGCAAGCCGGUCAAUACCUACCUUCCGGAGCCCGGAGUAUCAACAAUCAUCCGCACCGAAACAGUUACUGAGCGUCUCACGGAAACGGUCAUCUCCUGCACCCCAACGAAUGCCUACCUUCCAUCUCUGAAAUCCGCCACCGUAAACCGUCGGGAAACCCUGAACCGUGACAUCCUGCCCCCGGACGAUCGAUACAACCUGCUGUAAACGGAUCAGCCAUAUCCGCUUGGACUUAACUGAAAAAUUCAACGCAUUCAACCCUUCCCGUACCGUGUAGUUGUUGUAUGAACAAGUAAAAUACUCUACUGUAGCGAGAUGUGCUGUAUCAUAGUUAGUCUUCGUGUUUCAUGACUCGCUAGUUUGUAUCCAAAAAUUUCAACCAAACCGCUUUACGAACGAAUAAAAUACUCAAAAACUUUCGCUGGUGGGAUACAAAGUUAGCACACUGUGUAUUAGCUGUAAUAGUUUUAAGACCGGAAUCGAUAAUCGUCAUCAGAGGUUUUGACAACAAAAGUUUUUUCUAAGAAGACAUCGUUCAUCACUCGUCGAAUGCAUUGGAACAAAUAAAGUCGUGCUGUAAAUAUAUUGUUGGGGUUGCUGAAUCGAUAGUGCUAUUAUGUAAAACUUAUGUAGGAAUUGACAAAUAAUGUUAGAAGAAGAUAGCUGAAAUAAAAAUAAAAAUGUGGUUCAAAAGACAAAUUGUGCCUGUAAGUUGUGGUGUUCA